GCAUGCGCAGUGCGGUUCGGGCAGGGGGGACGCGGAUCGGGCUGUGACUGAAUUUUUUGGAGUUCGCUAACAGGAAGGGGAAAAAAAAGGAGGAGAGAGGCGCUGCUGGGGAAACCGAGCUCUGAGUUUAAGAUCCUGACCUGCACUGGACUGUGGUCUGUCUCGCUGUACCUGAAGGUGCUUCAUCAUGGCUCUGUCGUUCAAGAAAGAUCUGGAAAAGUACAAGGAGCUCGACGAGGAUGAGAUCCUCAACAAGCUCUCUGAGGAGGAGCUGAAGCAGCUGGAGAGCGCGCUGGAGGAGAUGGACCCUGAGAAUGCUUUGCUCCCAGCCGGCCUGAGGCAGAAGGACCAGACGACGAAGGUGGCGACGGGGCCGUUCAACCGAGAGAAGCUGCUGCACUACCUGGAGAAACAGGCGCUGGAGUAUAAAGACCGCGACGACUACGUGCCCUUCACUGGGGAGAAGAAAGGAAAGGUGUGGGUCCCUAAACAGAAGCCGCUGGAGGCCAGUAAGGAGGACGUGACGACCCUUGACCCGGAACUGGAAGAGGCUUUGUCUGGUGUUACUGACACCGAGCUGUCUGACCUCGCAGCUAUCCUCGGAGUCCACACCCUAGUGACGAGCACGCAGAGCUACGACGGCACAUCCAGCAGAGGCGGCUACAACAAUGUAAUUAAAGGAGAAAAAGUGAAGCCGGUUUUUGAUGAGCCCCCCAACCCCACUAACGUAGAGGAAACUCUGCAGAGGAUAAAGAGCAACGACCCCACACUCACUGAGGUCAACCUCAACAACAUAAAGAACGUUCCGAUUCCCACGCUGAGAGACUUCGCCAAAGCCAUGGAGAAAAACACGCACGUGAAGAAGUUCAGUCUUGCGGCAACACGCAGCAACGACCCCAUCGCCGUGGCGUUUGCAGACAUGCUGAGAGAGAAUAAGACGCUGAGGAGUUUGAACCUGGAGUCGAAUUUCAUCACCGGUUCUGGAGUCCAGGCGCUCGUGGAGGCUCUGAGAGACAACGACACACUCUCCGAGAUCAAGAUCGAUAAUCAGAGGCAGCAACUGGGCACGACAGUGGAGAUGGAGAUCGCGAAGAUGUUGGAGGUGAACACCAGUAUAGUGAAAUUCGGAUAUCACUUCACUCAGCAGGGACCUCGAGCUCGAGCAGCAGCCGCCAUCACCAAGAACAACGACCUGGUGCGACGGAGGCGUGUCGAGCAAGACGUGUAGUGCAGCUCCAUCUCUCCUUCCCUCCAUAUCUCUCUCUCUCUCUGUGUGUUCAGCGUUGAUCCUGGUCAAGGGACAGAACUGGAACCCUGUCAGCGUUGCUGUUCUCCACUCUUUUUUUUUUUUCUUUCUUGUUCGUUAUUGGUAUGAAAUCAGCUUCAGUGUAUAUAUAUAUAUUUUUUGUAAACACAGGAAUCGGUGAUGAGUGAAUGGAGUCUGAUCUGAUGCUUGAUAACUGAUCCCAUACGCACAUCCUCACACAACCCGAGCCGUGUGUGUGUAAAAGACCCUGUGUUUACGCCAGCCCAUGAAGAGUUUAUGCAAAUGAGCUCUGAUCUUAUCCACAUAAUUGGCUCCUGGAAAUUUGCAUGAAGGGAAAAACCUAAAACCCCAAACUUGACUUCUGCCAGAGAUCCCAUUGCAGACAGGGAAAAGAACAGCUGGAUAGGCCACGCCCACAGGGUUAUGUUAGAGGGGUGUGUCUCACUCAGUAUCAAAUUAAUGCAUCCAUAAUUGAGCUAAAAUAAGGACCUCCAUCUGCUGUGUGUGGGUGGGUGGGGUUAUCAGGGGGGUUUGUCCUCUGGGAACUGAUUGCUUAACAUCCUGUAGGCAGACACGCCCAUGAUGAAACUGCAUUCAGCUGUGUGUGUGUGUGUGUGUGUGUGUGGGAGAUCAUAUUUGUCCAGCUGUUCUGAAGGUUCUAUGUCUGUCUGCAUGAGCUGUAGUGUAUACACACACACACUAACUCAUGAAUAUUCAUGUUUCUAACCUGUGUGUAACGAAACACUGCAGCAUGUCCUGUGUAGCUCAAGAUGCAGUUAUAUAGUAUAGCGUGUGUGUGCGUGCGUGCUAUAAUAUACAUUACACUGUAUAUAUGAUGUAAUAGUGUUAAAUGAGCCUCAUCUUUAAACAUGCUGUGCCUCGUUUGGGCAAAGCGUAGUGUUUCUUCACACUCAUUUUGUGAGCACUUCCUUUUUCAUGGGCGUCAGUCUAAAAAUGAGCAGUUACCAUGACAACAUGCAAAGGGAUUACACUUAACAGCACUAAAAUACAUUCUCUCUCUCUCACUCACACACACACACACACACACACACACACGUGCACUGAGUGAGUUCAUUCCUGUUGAGUUGCUCUGGUUUAGUGGACCAUUACCCUGCUCACCUGAAGCAGCUGAACUGAGGGUGAAGCUUUACACAGAGGGCGAACAGAACAUCCGGAAACAUGGAUCACGGAAAAUUUGGACACGAAUGUUUUUCGUGAGAGAUUCAUUGUGUCCGGUUAAAUGGACUUGAACAUCAGCAUGUUGUGUAUUCAGGCAGCAGAUGCAUGUUAAAGCUUGGACCAAUUAUUAUAAUUAUUAUUAUUAUUGUCGUCUUUUUCUCUCCUACUCGUCAGGAAAUCAGUGUGGUGUCGUGUGUCUGUCUUGUGUAGGCUUUUUUUUUUUUAAUUUACCUGUGAACAGUUUAAUUCUGGGUUUCUGUACAUGUCUAAAGGUGUGUGUGUGUGUGCGUGCGUGCGCAUGUGCUCAGCCUGUGAACCGUUAUCUUUGUGAUUAUUCUGAAUAUCCAUCUCAUUAAGGCUGUUUGAGUGAAGAGCAGCUGAUUACUGUACUGUUGUAACGACACCACGCUGUGCCGCUGUAUACUCCUCAAUAAACAUGUUUUUACAUUAUAGCAUAAA